AUGGGAUUUGGUGAAAGAUUCAUUGACAUGACUUGGAGAAUUAUGGCAGACAAUUGGUACUCUGUCAUAGUUAAUGGUUCAAGACAUGGUUUCCUUCAUUCAACAAGGGGUCUCAAGCAAGGAGACCCCCUUUCCCCUGCCUUAUUCAUCCUUGGAGCUGAGGUGCUCUCCAGACUCAUGAACAACCUAUACCAUCAUCCUCAAUUUCAUGGCUUCUAUAUGGCAAAUCAUGGUCCUCAGAUUAACCAUCUCAGCUUUGCAGAUGAUAUAUUCUCUUCAGGAAGAAAGCAGACUUUGACACUUAUCAUGGAGACUCUAGAUGCUUAUGAAAAAGUCUCUGCACAGUUGAUCAACAAGCAUAAGAGUCACUUCAUGAUCCCCUCCAAUGCAUUCAAGUCUACUGUGGUGGUUAACAGGAUCACUGGAUGGCAUGCAAAAAUCCUUAGCUAUGGGGGAAGAGCUGUACUAAUCAAGCAUGUUAUCCAAGCCAUGCCAAUACACCUGCUAUCAGCUAGUACUCCACCUUCAACCACCAUCAAGCAGAUACAAAGCAUAACAGCCAACUUCUUCUGGGGAUGA